AUGUCGGUCAUCAAGACGCUCAUUAUUCCCGCCGUCAUCUCGUUGAUUCUCUUCAUUCUGCUCACAUACAUUCUUAUUCCAUUAUGGCGUCGGUACGCCCGCUACAGUCAAUAUCUUCCCCUCGACACGUUAUCGUCCCAUACGUCGUCUUUGCGCGAGCGCAUAACGGCCCGCGUAGCUGCGUGGCGCUCCAACCGCGACGUCGCGUUCGCAUCCGACGACGGUUCUGAUGACGGAAUAGGUGAUGAUGGAGAAGAACUUGGAAACGUCGACGAGGCUACCUGGCGUCAGAUGGAGGCAGAUACCCGUGCGGCCCGGCCAGACAAUGCCAGGCGGCUGAGCAGAGAAGGGAUUUAG